AUGAGGAACACAGCGGCGACCGACCCAAAUGCGACCAGUAUCAAGCAAGACUCACAGCGGCCAUAUGAGGAACACAGCGGCGACCGACCCAAAUGCGACCAGUGUGGGAAGAGCUUCGUGAAUAAGGACGCGCUCUGCGAACACUUGCUAUCAAGCAAGACUCACAGAGGCCAUAUAAGGAACCACCACAGCGGCGACCGACCCAAAUGCGACCAGUGUGGGAAGAGCUUUGUGAAUAAGGACGCGCUCUGCGAACACUUGCUAAUACACCAAGGCGUCAAGAACUUCGAGUGUCCCACGUGUGGGAUGCGGUUCCGGACGCGGGCCCAGAUAAAGCAUCAUCAGCUAAAACACAGUGACAUUAAGGACUAUUAUUGCGUGGAGUGCGACGUCAAAUUCAAAUCGUCGCACACCUUACGGCAACACUUACAGAAGAGUCUGAAACAUAAAGACAAGAGGACCUUUAAUUUCCAAUGCACCCGAUGCGACAAACGUUUCGAGACGGAAGCAGCUCUCCGCUCCCAUACCCUCAUCCAACACGAGGGCGUUAGGGGACACCGCUGUACGGACUGUCCUGCCGCGCUCGCCUCAAGAAGUUCCUUAUUGAAACAUAUACAUAGUGUACACAGGGGAAUAAAGCCUGCGCUUAGGCAUGUCUGUGACACUUGCGGGAAGGCUUUCAGGGGUAAAAGCGUCCUAACGAACCACGUGCGAACGCACACGGGUGAGAAGCCUUUCGCGUGCGCUACUUGCGGGCGUGGAUUCUCGCAGCGCACAGCGAUGCUCACUCACGUCAAGCUUGUGCAUAUGAAGAUGCGGAGACGGCAUAAGUUGGAUCCGGAGCCCGAGCCUCUGCCCGCCAAGGAACAAAACCUGAAGACAGAAUGGCGAUCAGCGCCGCCGCCUUGCGACAUAUACUACCACGUUACUGCCUGAUUUGUAGUGAAUUAGUUACUAAACAGACUAUUCGACACC